AUGCCUCGACAGCGACCGACCUCUGGCUACGCUCGCCUGGCGCAGGCCGACGAGGACGAAGGUCCGCUUGGAGAAGAAGAUUCUGGAGAUGAAACAAACACAUCCACGCCCCUGACAACCCGAUAUGCCUCGAUUCAACCGGCUCCGCGCGAGUCGAUGCGCUCCAGCGCCCGCUACCAUGAUACACCGAGACGACCCAUGAGACGGAUACGAAGUAAUUCCUCGGGAGUGGACAUCAAAGCAAUCAACGCACGGUUGGAGAGAUGGGCUGAAGAGAUCGCGUCCAAAUUCAAAAUCAGCUCCGUCAAGGGCAAGACUCAAGAGGAAGAACAGCUUGAGAUACACCAUUCUGUCUUUCAGGCUCCUCCGGGUGUACACCCUUACACCGCCUCCGAGUUGGCUGCGUAUACUGCUGCUACCGAGACACAAAGAAUGACUAAACAACAGUUUGAUGACAUUGUGGAAAGCGUCAGAGUUGCCAUCGAACUUGGAACGCAUCCCAAAAUGAUCUCGCAAGGGAGCUCCGGCAGCUACUUCGCACGUAACGGUGAAGGCAAAGUUGUUGGCGUGUUCAAACCAAAAGAUGAGGAGCCAUAUGCCUCAAGGAACCCCAAAUGGACAAAAUGGCUGCACAGAAAUCUACUCCCGUUCGCUUUUGGUCGGGCGUGCCUGAUUCCCAAUCUGUCAUACGUAUCCGAAGCCGCUGCAUAUGUUUUGGAUUACCAGUUAAGGACAUACAUUGUCCCAUACACUGAUGUCGUCUGGCUAUCCUCCAAGGUCUUCUACUAUGACUUUUGGGAAAGGAGAAGCACCUGGGGUGGAAAGAAAAGCCUGCCAGCGAAACCGGGCAGCUUUCAAGUCUUCCUGAAAGGAUAUAAAGAUGCAAACCUUUUCCUGCGCGAGAACCCCUGGCCGGACCAAGCAACCGAGUUCCGUGCAGACAUGGAGCAUUCAAGAAAGAGGAGGCGGUGGAGCAAUUGUAUUCCAGGUGGUCGAGGCUCAGACGACGACGACGACGAAGAAGAGGCCCCUCGAGUAGUUUCGCCUCCGCCCUCGGAAGAUGCACCCAAAUUCCGCUGGACACCUAACAUAAGACAGGCUUUCCGGGAGGAACUGGAGAAAUUGGUCAUUCUUGAUUACAUCAUGCGAAAUACCGAUAGGGGCCUCGACAACUGGAUGAUAAAAAUCGACUGGAAGACAGAAGAAGUCUCGCUUGUGGCGGAACCUCCCAAACCGAAUGGUACAACUGAAAAUGGGGAUGCUCACCUACGGCCUGCAUUAGUGAGCCCAAACAUCAGUCCUCAACGACCCGAGUCGAAUACCUCGAGACCGUAUAAGCGGUAUGAGGCGAUGGAGAGUCGAACAGGGACGCCCUCAAACGCCCAAGAACCCCAAUGUUCGAUCACGAUCGGGGCCAUUGACAAUAGUCUGUCAUGGCCCUGGAAACACCCAGAUGCCUGGCGGAGUUUCCCAUUUGGGUGGCUGUUCCUGCCCGUCUCUUUAAUCGGACAACCAUUCUCGACGAAGACGCGGGAUCAUUUCCUCCCCUUACUAACUUCAACCGCAUGGUGGAGCGAAACUCAACUGGCUCUACGGAGAGUUUUUGCGCUGGACGCAGAUUUCAAGGAAAGCAUGUUUGCGCGGCAAAUUGCCGUGAUGAAGGGGCAAGCUUGGAAUGUUGUUGAGACUCUGAAACAGGAAGACCACGGCCCUUUGGAGCUAACAAGGCGGACCAGAGUAUGCGUGUGGGACGACCUCGUAGAUGUUCCCGUGGCAAUCCCCAUGCGUGUCCCUUCUACCGAGAUGAAUCGCCGCGCAGCACGUCAUUAUCAGCAACAAGAAGAGAUGGACAUAGGAGCAUCCUACGCAUCCGCUCCGCCUGGAAGGCACCCGGCACCACAAUUUGACCUUCUUGGCUCUCCGACGAGCGAGUUACCCAACCCGAACCGCUUCGAUCUCACUCGCGAAGACAGCGCUGCAGAUCUGGGGUAUCUGCCGGGCUCGGGCCAAGACAGUGGGCUCGGCAGCACUGCUCCUGGCCUCGAUUCUAUGGACUUUGCUCGAGAAGCCCGCAGCAGUCUCGGCUAUCACCCCAAUACGCACACGCUCCCGGCUCGCCCUUCGAUGAAGGGCAAGACACGCUUCAGCUUCGAAUUUUCCCGUCGUGGCGGCGACCAUUCUACCAACAGCAAUAAUGUGACCUCAAAAGAACGCACCGCCACGAGAAGACAACGGUCCAUGUCCACAAGAAGUGGGCACAAACAGAGAUCCGUUCCAGCCAUCGUUUACGAGGGAGAUGAUUUCGAUGAGGGGGAUCUGGGAUAUGCCGCCGCGAGUGAUAUGGACUCAACACAUAGGAGGAAGGUAAUUGUGGAGCGGCUAGAAACUGUGAAGAGCAAGAAACCCUUUUUCACCUGGUGUUAG